UGAGCGUGUGUGUGUGUGUUUUGGUUUGACAGACUGUGUGUGAGCUUUGUAUUUUCCUGCCGUGUCUGUUAUCAGUAAGAUGUUGACUCCAGUGACUGUGCUGAUCUCUGUACUCUGCUUCAGCUCUGCCACUGAAGUGGGUCUAAAUGGGAAGGUGGUCUUGUUCCCUUAUGAGACGGAUUUCAGUUUCGUUAGACUCCUGCCCCAGAAGCCGAUGGCUCUCUCAGCCUUCACACUGUGCAUGCAGGUCGGUACUGAGCUGCAGGGCGAGCGGCAGAUUAUCCUCUUCGCUUAUCGCACCAACAGCACAGACGAGCUGAACGUGUGGCGUGAGAAGGACGGCAGAAUUUCAUUCUACUUGGGAGGAGACGCCGUCUUCUUUCAUCUCACCUCUCUCUCUACGUUUCGUGCUCACCUGUGUCUCACCUGGGACUCCAGUACCGGACUCACCGCCUUCCACAUGGAUGGACGCCGCACUGUACGACAGGUCUACAAACCGGGUCACCAGAUCCAGCCAGGUGGCACCGUGCUGCUCGGUCAGGAUCCCGAUACGUAUCUGGGCAACUUCGAGGAAACUCAGAGUUUUGUGGGUGAGAUCACGGAUGUGAAUAUGUGGGACUUUGUGUUGUCACGUGCCCAAAUCAAUACGCUUUAUGCCAACCUGAAGCGGCGGGUGCCACAUGGGAACAUCUUCGACUGGAGCUCGGUGCAAUAUGAGACCCACGGAAACGUCAUGAUAGUGCAGGAUGACUGACUACACACUGACUCACAAGCACACCUACAUACACUCACAAACACACAGCCGUGCUGGUGUAGCACUGUAGCUCUAACAGUUUGUAUUCUAAGUUUCAGUAUUUAGUGUGUUUGUGUAAUUCACCGUAUUCUCAUAAACAGUUUACAUACGCUUGUGAGGAACAUGUACUUCAUGGGGUUUCUGCAACUGUUUUGUCUGUAACUUAAUGAGUGUAACACUCUCAUACACACACACACACACACUUGGGAUUCCUACUUAAUUACACAAAUUUGCAUUUUCAGCAUUUAGCAGACACUUUUAUCCAAAGCGACCUACAGUACUGUGACAGUAUACAGUCUAAGUAGUUGAGUGUUAAGGGCCCUUCGUAGGGGCAAGGCCCUUGAGCAUUGACAACCUGGCUGUAGUGGGGCUUGAACCAGCAACCUUUUCAUUACUAGUCCAGUACCUUAACCACUAAGUUACAACUGCACAAAUGUAGAUACAUACAUAGUACCCUAAAUACAUAAUCCUCUUGCCUUUUUGCUUCUGUAUACACACACACACACACACACACACACACACACACACACACACACACACAAAGUUAAAGGAAUAGCCAUCUCAGCCAUUUUAGUUUUAGCCCCACAGAUGUUUCCUGUUAUUGCCCUUAAAUUAGUGGCCUCAUCUCAUUAUGUUCUCCUAUCCUAUCUUUUGUGCACCAACCUUGUUUGUAAGUCUGUAUAAAUUUGCCUCCUUCCAGAAUAAAAUUAAAUCAGCUCUGAA